AUCAGAUUUCAAAUCGACAUAGAUAUCUCUGAAUACACUGUGGAUACUUUUUUACGAUGUCGGUCCAACGUUCUCACCGGGCAUCUCGUCCGACAACACCGCUCCGCCGCUCGGUGUCUCGCCCAGUCAACCCAUUCUCGUCUGCCUUCCCGCUGGAGGCGCUGAAACCUCAGCUGUCCGAGUUCAGCGACGCGCUGGCUGAUUUGGAUACGAAUUUCCAGUAUCUAGAUUUGAUGCAUGAGAAUCUUGCGCGGUUUAGCGAGAGUUUCGCGGCGUUUCUGUAUGGGCUGGAGGUUAACGCGUGGUGUGUUGAUUUUCAAGAGGCACCUACUUCGGACUCUUUUAAACGGUCAAAUGAGCAUGAGAUAUUGUUACAACAAGGCGCGCUGCUUUCAGAAGAGAGUGCGCUCGACCUAGAGCAGACCUCAGAAGAAUCCGAGGAGACAGAGAGACAGACUUGCAGACCAGGAACUGCCCGCCCGACGGGCACAAGAAAGCGUGCUCCGCUACAGUCCAACACGCGUAACUCAUCGAACGUGCCUACGAAAGCAAGAACGGCAGGCGCAUCGACAGGCUCGAACACUACGGCAAACGGAAAAUCUCAGCAGCCGAGAACCGCACUUUCUAAUUCGAAUCGCGCGAUUCCGACGAGUACAAAGGCUCGAAUUCAUUAGUGGAGAACAGAAGUGUGUGCUAUGUUUGUAUGGGUAGGGACGGGUUCA